GGUGAAGGAGCAUGGAGGAAAAUGUGUAGCAGACACUAGAGACAGUAAGCUGCUUUUUUCUGUGUUUAUCCUUAAGUAAACGUUUUGUAUUUCUAGUUGAGGCUUUCACGAACAUUCAGGGUCAUUUUCUUGUGAUUUUUCUUCCCGUUUGAAGGUUUGAUGUCCUCAGCAGGUAAAUGAUGUGGAGGAGCUGGCUGCAGAGGGGCACCACCUGUCUCCUGCAGGUGGCAACCCGGAGGUUUGUCCCCCAGAGACACUGUCCCUCCCUCAGUGUGACACUCCUCACACAGAGACUCCUUCACAGGCCAUGUGGGCUCCAGCUUCACAGUAAAGGCCACUUCCUGGCGCCCAGCUGGACUCGGGCUUAUAAAAAGGAUGCUAAAUCCACUGUGGAGCUCCCUGUGAGUCCCAUCACAGUCACAGACAUCAAACAUUAUCUACGCUCCAAAGACAUUUCCUUCCACGACGGCUACAGCUGCCUCCACGUCCCCAGCAUCUUCGUCCAGCCGGGUGCCAGGAAGGACAGCUUCUCCCUGUUCGUGGACAAAACCACGGGCCAGUUCCUGUGCAAAGACACGCUGGUGGAGGGCAGCUGGGAGGACCUGCAGGACUGCCUGGAGGUGAUGCAGGCGGAGGAGCAGGACUUCCUCAGCCCACAUGUGCUGCUGGGGUACCCGGAGAGCGUGGAGGAGCAAGAGGAGCGGGAGAGGGAGCUGAGGGAGGUGCAGAGGAUCUGGUCCAGCUCGGUGCCCUUCAGUGAGCUCCAGGAGGACGAGGCUCAGCUGGUUAAAACCAUGUUCCAGAUCACAAAGAUCUCUAACGCGACCCUGAAGAGGUUUUCUGUGAGGCUCUUUAAGCCGACCAAGAGUCUGGUCUUCCCCUGGUUCGGAGGUCCUGAUUCCUCCCUGAAGGGACUGAAGCUUCUCUCCGCCCAGAGCUCCGACACAGACAGAGUCACUUAUAAUGAAGCUACCGUCCCAAGGAAUCACUCCUACCACAACCUGUUCGGCCUCCCCCUGGUGGGCCGGAUGGACUCGGAGGUGGUGCUGACCGGAAACGAGCUGGACUCUCUGGCCGUGAGCCAGGCCACGGGGCUGCCCAGCGUGGCUCUGCCCCGCGGCGUCAGCUGCCUGCCCCCCAUCCUGCUGCCGUACCUGGAGCAGUUCAAGCGCGUGAAGCUGUGGCUGGGAGGAGACAUGCGCUCCUGGGAGGCCUCCAAGAUCUUCUCCCGUAAGCUGGGUCUGCGGCGCUGCUCGCUGGUGAGGCCCGGCGAGGACCGGCCCUGCCCCGUGGAGGCGCUGGCCCGGGGGAAGAACCUCAGCCACAUCGUCCAGUCCUCCAUCCCCGCCGCGCACAAGUCCAUCGUGUCCUUUAGGCAGCUCCGAGACGACGUGUACGGAGAGCUGGCGAACACGGAGCAGGUGGCCGGGGUGAAGUGGUCCAGGUUUCAGGAGCUCAACAGGAUCCUGAAGGGGCACCGCAAGGGGGAGCUGACCGUCUUCACAGGUCCGACCGGCAGUGGGAAGACCACCUUCAUCAGCGAGCUGGCUCUGGAUCUGUGCAUGCAGGGCGUCAACACGCUGUGGGGAAGCUUCGAGAUCAACAACGUGCGUCUGGCCAAGAUUAUGCUGACGCAGUUCGCCAUGCAGCGUCUGGAGGAGAACCUGGAGCAGUACGACUUCUGGGCCGACAAGUUUGAGGAGCUGCCGCUCUACUUCAUGACGUUCCACGGGCAGCAGAACAUCAAGGCGGUGCUGGACACGAUGCAGCAUGCUGUCUACCUGUACGACAUCAACCACGUCAUCAUCGACAACCUGCAGUUCAUGAUGGGACAGGAGAACCUCUCGGUGGACAAGUUUGCGGUCCAGGACCACAUUAUCGGAGCGUUCAGGAAGUUUGCCACCAACAGCAGCUGCCACGUCACUCUGAUCAUCCACCCGAGAAAAGAGGAGGACGACCGAGAGCUGCAGACGGCGUCCAUCUUCGGUUCAGCAAAGGCGAGCCAAGAAGCCGACAACGUGCUGAUCCUGCAGGAGAAGAAGCUGGUGACGUGUCCGGGCCGCAGGUCGCUGCAGGUCACCAAGAACCGAUUCGACGGAGACGUGGGCAUCUUCCCGCUGGACUUCAUCAAGUCCUCGCUCACGUUCGCUACUCCCAUCAAGGGCAAGCACAAGCUGAGGAAGGUCACCCCGAAGCCGGAGAGCGAGGAGGGCGAAGGCAGCGAGGUGGUUGUGAAGAAGGACGAGGUGAAAAAGGAGAAAGCCGCCAAAACGACAAAGACUCCACGAACUGUUAAUCCUGCAGCUGGAAAUGAAAGCAUGCAGCAGCAAGUAUAACAGAGUAUAACUAAUGGAUCAUGUGGGGCAGUUUCACCACAUUUACAUCUCACUGUUAGACAGUUUUAUGUCAAUCAAACCAAGUUAAACUUUGCUGAAAUUAGCUCUGAUUGUAGACUAACCCUAACCCUAAUCAAGAAAACUUUAGGUUAUUAAAAAAGUAUUUCAUUAUGGAGCAAAAGUCUGAAAGUUUCAACCAGAAUGUGAAAUAAAAAUGGAAAAGUG